AUGUUGAAUGAAUCGCUACAAAGAUCCGCCAACCCCAGCGCACCAACGUCGCCGAGCAAGGAACUCACAGACUCGGGUCUAUUGGCAUUGUUGGGUCCCAAUGUUAGCCAUUUUCCCUUUUCUGAGGGGGCCUUUAUCGAAACUAUGAGAAUGAAGAGUGAACAGGAGCGUACUAAACAGGAGUACUAUAGAGCAGAAACGGCGACUAGGAACUUGAGCAUAGUCCAGUAUGCGUUGCAAGCUCAAGUACCGGGUCAUUUGAUUCCUCAACUAUGCGUGAGUAAUGCACUUCCCGUGGAAAUGGAGCUGCAAAAGUUUAAUACAACCCCGGUACAAGGACCGCCUCCACCACAACCACAACCACAACCGCAACCGCAAUUACAAAUGCCACCACAAGUACCACCGCAAGUGCAACCACUACAGCCGUCCCUGGCAUUUCCCCAACCAUACACUGCAGCGCCCCAGGCACCAAACUUUCUCCAGCCAACUCCAGCAUUCCAGACCCCGAUCCUGCAAGAACAGCAGCUUCAACUCAUCCAGAAGCAAAGGCAGCAAGAGCUUCAAGAACAGAACUUGAUGCAAAACUCUAGGUUCCUUCAAACUCAGCGGCUGUUUUUGCAGCGUGACCCUUACAACGCAAACACAAUGUCACCGAUGGGGUUUAGAUUUGGCGCUGGCUCCUCCGGCAACAACGCAAGAUCACAAUCACCAGCCAAGAUCGGAGCGGCAGCGGUUGCCAACUUAGCAACACCAACAGCCCAAUCUCGUCGAACCACCACCAUGGCAUCGGCAGGCUUGCCCGGGAAACGAAAAGGGCAUCAGCGCCACAACUCGAUGCCGGCCACCAUGUUGCCCAAUCCCCCAUCGGGCGGCAAACUGCGAGGGAAACGUCUCUCUAAUUCUCAUGAAGAUGAAAAUGAGAUUUUGCAAUCUCCAUUGGGGGCACAAUCAACACUACAGGUCAAUCCCAUACCAGCUCAACCACUACACAAGCAGAGCAAAUUGUCCGUGCAACCUCUGCAGGAAUCCAUGACUUCAUUUCAGCAUAUCAUCCAGUUUCAUCACUGGAAACCGGAAAACGAAAGUAACCAUCAACAGCAGGUUUCUGGCUCGAGUUCCAACAAGAAUUUCCAAACUUUCUCGGCCAAAAGGCGCAAACAACAACCACAACCACAACCACAACCACAACAACCACUUGUGAAAGAGGAUCCACGGGAGCAUCUAAAAGAAGAGCAACCUUUAGAAACAAAACCCGAGGCGCUUACUCGAUCUUCAGCAGCGCCAGAAGGGAAGGAAGGCGAGGGCGAGGGCGAAGGUGAAGACGCCGACGCCGACGCCGAUGCCGACGAUAAUGAGUUGGAUGCUGAUCUAUCCGCGGACGCCACCAUGGAUUACUCUAGCGCGGCCAAGGGCGAAGUAGACGCGCACCCUCCAUCGCAGAGCCAUGCUCGUCAACAGCUGAAUGUAGGCAGGUACCCGCACGAUAUCUUGUCCAAUCCCAAGUGA